CUCUCUCUGUGAGCAGCCACCGGAAGACCGAGUGAUCUGUCCCCGCCCCGGCAGCUCAGUCAGUCCGACCUGAAGAGAAGGAGAGUCCACGGCUAAAAAUACAAUAGCUAACACAAGAUGGCCGGUUUGCCUCGUAGGAUUAUAAAGGAGACACAGCGGUUGAUGGCGGAGCCUGUUCCAGGGAUCACGGCUACGCCCGAUGAAGGGAACGCUCGUUACUUCCAUGUGGUCAUCGCGGGGCCUCAAGACUCUCCGUUUGAAGGAGGCACAUUUAAACUUGAACUAUUUCUUCCAGAAGAGUAUCCCAUGGCAGCUCCCAAAGUGCGAUUCAUGACCAAAAUCUACCACCCCAACGUUGACAAACUGGGAAGAAUAUGUUUAGACAUUUUGAAAGAUAAGUGGUCUCCAGCCCUGCAGAUCCGGACAGUGUUGCUAUCUAUCCAGGCGUUAUUAAGUGCUCCCAAUCCAGAUGAUCCCCUGGCAAAUGACGUCGCAGAGCAGUGGAAGAAAAACGAAAGCCAUGCCAUUGAGACAGCCCGAACAUGGACCAGGCUCUACGCGGGCCCCAGUGAAGUAUAGAAGAAGAGAGACGAGGCGACUGAAUGUGAUCCACAAAAUGUACUCCUAUUAUGUCAACAUUUGAAUAUAACGGACACAAAAAAGAGAAAAAAAAAUAAGAUUAUAAGUCCUAAUCUAUUUGAAAGAAAUGAUUGAUUCACUGCUGCAGACCUCUGGGUGACUUAUUCUCCCCUCUAAGACGCGUUAAAUGUGUGUAAGUCUUUUUUUUGUUUUUCUGUGUUGCUAUUUAAAUGCAUGGGCAGAGGAUGGCACCCUCCCCACUACAGUCUUAAAAUUACCAUGCAACAUGUUGUCCCGAAGUAGACACAUACUGGUACGUUUGCAAAAUAUACAUUAAAGCUGCCCUUCUUUUAACACACUUGAUUUGUCAACACAUCUGUCCGUCUUUUUGUGAGAGAUGACGACAAACACACAAGAGUACAGCCGCACACACGCCGCCACUUUUAAAAAUAAGGAAUGAUGAAGUUGCCCUUUAUUUUAUUUUUUUAGGGAAUACAAUGAAUUCCGUCAACAACAAAAAGGUUAGUUGAAUUUCUACACCUUUAUGUCUGCACAUACGGACAAUUAACAACACUUGCUUAUUAAAUAGGUGGACGUCGUCUCAUGGGGGCACUCAACACACGUGAAACUUAAUAUACACAUACAGAAAAGGUGUUCUUUGUGGAACUGGACAUAAAACAAGUCAAUUUAAAGGUUCUACAUAAAAAAAUACAUCCUCAAAUGUUUUUUCAGUCCUAUUCGAACUGUAACUUCAUCUGAAACUUAAGAUUCGUAAUUAGACUCUUAAUCAACUAAGGGGAAAAUAAUUUUGUCCGCUGAUGUUUGACAGCAUUUAUUCGAUGGCUAGUGUGAAUUUAUGGCCCAGACAGAUGUGGUUUUUCAGUUUUCACAUCUAAACAUUGUUCGUGAAGUGAAAAAAAAGACAGAUUAUUGUGAGAUUCGAUGCACAAGCCCAAUUAGAUGAGGAUUGUGCUUAAACUCAUCAAAAAUCCACCUGUUUCAAAUGGGAGAUUUCGUUCUUUCGGUCGCUUCCAGCCACCUGAAUAAAAUAUCACAUAAUUGUAAUAAUUCCUUCCUCUUAAGUUUUUUUUCGUCUUCCAAUGAUCGGUUUUCUCACGUCUGUAGGUUAAACAAUCGAGUCUUUACAGCCCCGGUCAGACAGUUAGGGGAGGGUGAGGGAAUCACUUCCACACAAAAAAACAAAAGCCGUUCCCGACCCAUCCAGAAAGGUAGCAGAGUAUACAGAUGUGUUGAGAACGAAUUUUCUUUUCUUUUUUUAGUGUAGGAAUCAGAGCUGUUUUUAUUUUCUUUGUUUUUUUAUGUCUGUCCAUGCUAUCUAUGUUGCCUGUUCUCUAUUUUAUUUCCAGAGUUAAAUAAACAGAAGGCAUGUACCAGAACCAGAGUGACUUCAGGACUAGUUUUCUUCAGGGGUUUUUUUUGUCGAGAGUUGAAGUGCUUUUCUUUAAAGGGAUAGUUGAGGCUUUUUUCAAAGGUGUUGUCGUUUCUUUUCACCGUGACUUUCCGAACCGGGUCUCAACCUGCUUCUGCUCUUUCUAUAUUGAUCUGUGACCAUUAUGCAAGUGAAUUCAAUUGAUUCCAGAGGGAUUUUUGUGGUAGAACGAAUGAUAUCACCGAGAAAAUAUUCAUAAUUAAUGUUACAGAUUUCCUAUUCACUAAAAAUCCACAUUCCCUCAAAGCUGGAAAUCCUGCGUCAAAUUCUGCGUUAUUUUCAAUCUCAAUAGCUUUCUGAAAACCGCUGAAGCUUUCCUUUUAAAGGUUACUGUGUUAGUGCGUUAGAGGGAUCAGUGUGACUCGUCGUCCAGUAACUUUAGACCCUUCACGAUCAUCUUGCUUCUGUAUUGCUCAUCUGAGGGAGGACCGUAACGUUACGUUGUAGUAAAACAUUUUUGUUUCUCUUCUCUCGCUCUCUCUCGGAAAUAUAUCGCAGGCUUUGGUGUUGCUUAGAUUUGUUUGUGUCCUGUCCUGACCCCCCGAGUAUUAAAUAACUGUUUCUAACCUCUGCAUUUACUCACGUCUGUAAGAAGGAGCAUGGCUUAAAAGAGGAAAAAAAAAAAAAA